AUGAUCAAAGAAAAACCAAAUCCUGUGAGUGAUUCAAACAGGGGAAUUAUAUUGGAAGCUCUGAGACAUUCUCAAACGCGAGCAAGAGAAGCAGAAAACGCAGCGAAGGAAGCGUACGCGGAGAAAGAGGAUUUGGUGAAGGUCGUUUUGAGACAGGCAUCGGAGUUGCUUGCUUGCAGACAAUGGAUUCGUCUUCUGCAACUUGAAAAUCUUUAUUACCAAAUCAAGAACAAGAAGAUGAAUGAUCCAAAGUUGUCUGUUUGUCCAUCCAAAGAUGGGAAAUUACAGAAGAAGAAGAUGAAGAAGGGGAAGAGACGAAGCAGACGAUAUGAAGAUGAUUUAGGGAAAUAUGCGGUUGUUUUUGCGAUGGGAUUAGGGCUCGUUGGUGCAGGUUUGCUACUUGGGUGGACAGUGGGAUGGAUGUUGAUCUAG